AUGUCUGGCUACGACGACCGCGAUUCCGGCUCUGAUGAAGAGCCGUUCAACCCCCAGGCCGAAAUCGACGAGGAUGACGUACCUGCGACCAGCGCGCCCGUCCGCCGAUCAGCUCCUGCAGCCGACGAUGAUGAGGACGAUGCGGUCGAAGGAGGCAACGACGACGAUGACGACGAGGAGGAAGGAGGUGAGGAGAAUGACGACGACGACGACGACGACGAUGACGAAGAAGAAGAUGAAGAGGACAUAGUUCGCCCUACGAAAAGGAGAAAGAAGGCCAAGCGCAACAUGUUCAUCGAUGUUGAAGCCGAGGUUGACGAGGAAGAAGAAGAGGAAGAUGAGGGCGACGAGGACAUUCAAGACGAAGUGCAUCCUGAUGACCUGCUUGAAACUACGAACGCCGAUCUCGACGACCGCCACCAUCGUGAGCUUGAUAUGCGCCGCGAGGUGAACGCACAAAGGGAUGUCGAGGAAAUUGCGAAGGAGUUCGACGAGAAAUACCGUCGCAGGGAGAUGCAGAGCGCCCGUCGAGGCGCAACAGGAGCUGUACCUCUUGCUCUCCCAACUGUCAACGACCCGUCCAUUUGGAGCGUCAAGUGUCGGCCUACGAAGGAGCGUGAAAUCAUCAUGAGCAUUCAAAGGCGCAUUGACGAGAAAAUGCGCGCGAAGCAGCCCGUCAAGGUUUAUUCGGCCUUCGAGCGCGGUCCCAACGGUCCUCAGUCCGGGUACCUCUAUGUGGAAGCCGAUGCAAAGCAGGACAUGUUAGAGAUCAUUGAGGGUAUCUCGAACGUUUUCAUGAGCGGUGAGAUGCUCUCGAUCGAUGUCAAGGAGCGACCAGAUCUGCUUCGCAAGAAGAGGAGGCCACCGCUGGAAGUUGGCAAGUUCGUGCGCAUGAUCAGGCCGCCGACCUACAAGGGCGAUUUAGGAAAAGUGAUCGAGGUGUCCGGCAACGGUCUGGACUGCAUCGUGCAGCUCGUCCCUCGUCUCGACUACGGCCUGAAUGAGGACACAAAUGCGGCUGUUGACAACAAGCGGAAGCGCGGAUUCUUCGGACCGAAGACCGAGCGCCCACCCCAGAAGCUGUUCAGCGAAGCCGAUGCGAAGAAGAGACACAUGAAGCACCUCAGCAUGUCUGGCUCUGGCGCCCAGAGGCAGUACACAUACAAGGGCGAAGACUACGUCGGUGGAUUCUUGGUCAAGGAGGUCAAGGUCAACUGGGUCUCUGCAGAGCGAGUCAACCCCAAGAUGGAGGAACUGCAGUACUUCUCAACCCAAAAUGCCGACGGCACCGAGACGCUGGACCUCAUCGCAGUGCAAGCUGCACAAAAGGCUGCCGAGACCGGCGCCGCUUUUGCUGCUGGAGACAACGUUGAGAUCUACACCGGUGAACAAAGAGGUAUCCGCGGUACCACUGUCACGGUCACUGGCGAGAUUGUCACACUGCAGGUCAGCGAGGGCGAGCUCAAGGGUCGCAAGAUCACUGCGCCCGUCAAGGAGCUGCGCAAGCUGUUCCGUGAGGGUGACCACGUCAAGGUCAUUGGCGGCAGCAAGUACGUUGAUGAAGUCGGUCUUGUUACCAAGAUUAGAGACGACAAGAUCACCUUGCUUUGCGACUCGACACAGCAAGAAAUCACAGUCUUUAGCAAGGACUUGAAGCGUGCUGCCGAUUCUGCUACCGUGGGAGCAGACUCCAACUUCGAUCUCUACGACCUUGUGCAAAUUGAUGCCUCCACCAUCGGUUGCGUUGUCCGAGUCGAUCGUGAGGUUUUGAAGGUCGUAGACCAACAGGGCGAUGUGCGCACACUUCUCCACACACAAGUCUCACAAGUCGCAGGCAGGAAUCGAAAUGCUGUGGCCACGGACCGCGACGGCUCUGAAAUCCGGCACGAUGAUAAUGUCAAGGAGUACGGCGGUGAAAACCGGCAGGGCAAGGUCCUCUACAUUCACAGGGGAACACUCUUCGUCCAGAACCGCGAGCUGGUUGAGAACCAGGGUAUUUUCGUCGUCCGCAGCACGAGUGUCCUUACUAUGGCUGCCAAGAGCGGACGAGCCCAAACACAAGAUCUCAGCGGCCUUAAUCCAGCUCUGAACGCUGGUGCAAAUGGCAGCUCCGGGCCUAUGCCUCCUCCGCGAAGCUUUGGUCGCGACAAGUUGAUUGGAAAGACGGUCGUCAUCCGGAAGGGCGCGUACAAGGGACUUCUCGGCAUCGUGAAAGACACUAUGAAUGACGAGGCACGGAUCGAGUUGCACACUAAGAACAAGCAGGUGUCUGUCAAGAAGGAGCUUUUGUCCAUCAAGGAUCCCAUCACCGGAAGUAGUAUGCCCGUUGGCGGUGGCAAGUUCCCGGAUCGCUCGCGCGGAGGCUACUCUGGUGCAACACCAAGCUACAACAGUGGAAAUGGACGCACACCAGCCUGGGGCAACGGCGGCGGUCGCACUCCUGGAUGGGGUGGCGGCGGUGGUGCAGGCGGUCGUACACCCGGAUGGGGCGGCGGUGGUGGCCGCACUCCUGGCUGGGGAGGUGACGGCGGACGCACAGCCUACGGCGGCGGCGACGGAGGCCGUACAGCUUACGGUGGAGCAACAGCAUAUGGCGGCGCUACAUCCUACGGAGGCGCGACCUCAUACGGCGGAGGCACAGCUUACGGCGGCAACGAUGGCAACCGCACCGCAUACGGAGGUUUCAACUCUGGUGGCCGCACGCCUGGCUGGGGAGGCUCUGGGUCUGGCAACACAGCAUCCAAGUCGAACCUCUCCGCACCUACACCUGGGGCCUACAAUGCCCCCACGCCAGGUGCGUACGCAGCGCCAACGCCCGGAGGCUAUGGUGCAUACUCGGCACCCACACCUGGUGGCCCAAUGGAUGCCCCCACACCUGGUAAUUACUCUGCGCCUACACCGGGCGAUCGCUAUGGCGCUACACCUGCAGUUGCAGCGACGCCUGGCGCGUGGGACAUUUCGACACCAGCGCCGAGCGGCGAGGACCCUGGGUACCAUUGA